UUUUUUCAGUCUGCUGCGAGAGUUUCCCAAUAAACAAGUCAAAAAAGUUCCGAGAGGGAACAUUUCAGAUAAAAGAAAUUCUUUUAUUUUAGCCGAUUUCAAAUUGCAAACGCAGUGACGUUUCAAUUUUUUUUGUAUUGAUUACAAAAAUCAAGUGAUACAGGUGCCCCAUCAUUAUUGACACAAGAUGUUGGUGAACGAAGCCCGUUUAAUGUUGAGCCGUACUGGUGCUGUGGCCGCACGUCAGCAGUUGCGUUCCCUCACCUCGGGCACCCAACAAAAUAACCAGCAGGCUGAAGCUAAAUCGGCACCUGAACCCCAAAUCAAAACUUUCCAAAUCUAUCGCUGGAAUCCCGAUAAUGCUGGCGAGAAGCCCUACAUGCAAACAUAUCAGGUUAAUUUGCGUGAAUGCGGUCCCAUGGUCUUGGACGCCUUGAUCAAAAUCAAAAAUGAAAUGGAUCCCACUUUGACUUUCCGUCGCUCAUGUCGUGAGGGUAUUUGUGGUUCAUGUGCCAUGAACAUUGCUGGCACCAAUACAUUGGCUUGCAUCAGCAAAAUCGAUACCAAUACAUCAAAGCCUUUGAAGGUUUAUCCUUUGCCUCACAUGUAUGUUGUACGUGAUUUGGUACCCGACAUGAAUCAUUUCUAUGAACAGUACAGAUCCAUUCAACCCUGGUUGCAACGCAAAAACGAAGCCAGCGAGAAGAAGGGCAAGGCCCAAUAUUUGCAAUCCGUUGAAGAUCGUUCCAAAUUGGACGGUUUGUAUGAAUGUAUUUUGUGUGCCUGUUGCUCGACUUCAUGCCCAUCAUACUGGUGGAAUGCCGAGAAAUACUUGGGCCCAGCUGUCCUCAUGCAGGCCUACCGUUGGAUCAUUGAUUCUCGUGAUGAAAGCACCCACGAACGUUUGGACAAGCUUAAGGAUCCCUUCAGUGUGUACCGUUGCCACACCAUCAUGAACUGCACACGCACCUGUCCCAAGGGUUUGAAUCCAGGUCGUGCUAUUGCCGAAAUCAAGAAACUCUUGUCCGGAAUGGCCAAGAAACCAGAACCCAAAUUGGAUACUGCUGCUUUGCACAAGUAAACGAUUUGAGAAGAACGAACAACAACUAUUAUUGUAGUGAUUAAUUAUCGCUUUAUAAAUCCAAGUUUCCUGAUAUUCUCUUUGUACUUAUAAAGUCGAUCUGAUAUUUCUUUCCAAACUAUAAUUUAUUGCAAAACACCAAACUUGUAUUGAAAUAGCUUAUCGCUAUUCUUGAUUUCAAUGCUGUGCUCCUAUUGUCAUAUUUUUGUCCUUAACUAAAAUCUGAAGAGGUUGCUGUGUUGCUCCAACUGUCACCACCACCACCUUUUCUCUUUUUUAAGAAUUAUAAAGUUUUGAAUCUAUUUCUCAA